UUCAGGUGGUGUUGAACAAGUUUUUUUUCGUGAAAGGUUAUAAACGAAUUGGAUUUUUUUUCCAACAAAAAAAAAGGAUUUAAUUAAUUUUUAUCAAAGAAGAAAAAAAUCAAAUAAAAAAAAUUUUUCAAUAAUAAAUUUAUAAUUUUUUUUUUAUUUUUUGAAUAAAAAAUCAUAAUUUGUGCUUGAAUUUGAAAUUUUUUUCAUAAUUUUAUUUUGUACGUAUAUGGUUAAGAGAGAGAGAGAGAGAGAGAGUGAAAAUUCAAAUAAAGAGAAAAACUAAAUAAAACGAGAGUAAAAAAGGCAAGCGAAAAAAGAAAAAAAAAAAACAAAAAAAUAAAAUAAAAAGUGAAAAUCAUAUCCGUGCGGCGUGUUCCAAAAGAAAAUUAGUGAUAAUAAAAAAAAACAAAAACAGAAAAAUAAUUUUCCAUUUCUAUACCAGUUUUUUCUCAAAUCAAAACACUAGUGCAAAAAAAUAUUUUUUAGUUGUUUUUGUUUUUACUAUCUUUUAUCAAAGAGAAAAAAGAAAAUUGUAAUCAAAUUCCCCAGAAAAAAAAAACCAGCUGUAAAAAAUAGCCGGAAUUUUUUUUCCAUUUUUUUUUUUAAAUCAAUUUUAGUGUUGCGAUACCCGAGUGUGUUAAGAUUACGUUACACAUUUUUGUUUUAUGACAGGCACACAUUGUCUAUCAACUAAAAAAUAAUUUUCUUUUAAAAUUUAUUUAAAAAAAAAGCAAAGAGAAGCAACUCCUUUGGAUUUUAAGGAUAUUAGAAGAACAAAAAAUAAUCAAAAAUAGAAUAAACAAUAAAAAAGAAAAAAAAUGGAUAAAAUUAAAAAUGUAUUUGAUCAAGUGUCAACAACACUUAAAGAAAAGAAAGAGAAAGCACUACAAAAACACAGUGAAAAUGAAAAGACUGCUAAAUCAAAGGGAUCUAAGAUGUCAGUCCAGCAGCAAAAACAACGUAUACAAGUCCCGGAUGCUCUACGGGAUGUACUGCUGGAAUUUUCAAUUGCAUAUCUUUUGGAACAACCGGGUGAUGUUGUAGAUUAUGCUGUUGAAUUUUUUACUAGAUUACAAGAAUCUCGUAGAGCAGCAGCACAAGAACAAUCUCAUGCUGAAUUACCAUCACCAGAUGAAAGUAUUUUAUCACAAGAUGAAGAACCGGUUGUUGUACGUUUCGCUGGACGUCGUAAAUCAGUAUUUGCCGAAGCCUAUGAUCCAGAAAAUGACCCUGAUGAAGAUGAAGGUGCUGCAGCAAUAUUCCCAAAAACGGAUGAACAACGUUCACGUUUAGUUGAAUCUGUUAGAAACAUUUUGCUAUUUAGGUCAUUAGAUAAAGAACAGAUGAAUCAAGUUUUGGAUGCCAUGUUCGAAAAAAGAGUCGUACCUAAAGAAUACAUCAUUCGACAAGGAGAUGAUGGUGAUAAUUUUUAUGUUAUUGAAUCUGGUGUGUAUAAUGCUUUUGUUGGCGACAAAUUAAUUCACACGUACAACAAUAGCGGCAGUUUUGGUGAAUUGGCUUUACUUUAUAAUAUGCCGAGAGCUGCAACAAUUCAAGCUGAUUCAGAAGGAUUAUUAUGGGCAAUGGAUCGUCAAACUUUCAGACGUAUUCUACUUAAAUCAGCAUUUAAAAAACGAAAAAUGUAUGAAAAGUUAUUGGAUAGUGUUCCUAUGUUAAAAGCUUUACAGAGUUACGAGAGAAUGAAUUUGGCUGAUGCUCUUGUAUCCAAAUCUUAUAAGAAAGAUGAUAAAAUUAUCAGGCAAGGUGAUGCUGCUGAUGGUAUGUACUUUAUUGAAGAUGGAACAUGUUGUGUCCGAUUAACAAAACCAGAUGGUUCUGAAAUAGAAAUUUCAACAUUAGAAAAAGGUGCAUACUUUGGUGAAUUAGCAUUGGUUACCCAUAGACCUAGAGCUGCAUCAAUUAUUGCUGUUACUGAUGUUAAGGUGGCAUUCUUAGAAACUGGAUGCUUUGAGAGACUUUUAGGUCCGUGCAUAAAUUUAAUAAAACGUGGAAUUCGCAAUUACAAAUAUUUAGAUGAUGAUUUGCGUUUAGAUAUACUUGAAAACAGAUUCUAACAGAAAAUUUCAUUUAAAACAUUGUUAAUUAUUAAUUUUUAAAUAAAACAUAAAUAAAAAAUUACUUUAAUUAUUGAAUAACGUUGUAUUAAGGAACACUUAAACGAUCACAUAACGCGUUCGCGAAAAUUAUUAUGCGCAAGUGAAUUCAAUCGUUUUAGAAAAACAUUCAUGAGUGUGUCAAACGAUUUUGAUAUUUGCUUUCGUAUGUACGAGUAUAACUUUAGUUCUGAGCUGGAUAAUUGAUUAUGGAAAUUGGCAAAAUAAAUGAGGAUUUGAGAAUUUCAUGAAAGUUUUUCUCAACAUAUCUCUCCAGUAAAUUAUUAUACAAUCCAGAAUUCUGGGUAGAAAUUUUUGAACUGCCAUUAUUAAUUGAUCGUUUAAGAGUGCCUUUGAAUAUUUUACUAAUUUAUGAUUUUUGUAUUUGU